AUGUCGACCAGCGCAGAAUCCCCGAGUUUACGGAACCCGCUCCACAGUCCCGUCCCCUCUUCGCUCUCCUCCGAGUGCGCAAAAGCAGCGGUGAUUAUAGAUUCGUUUAUCAACCCGAAACUCGUCGGCGAUGGCGGUAUUCCACGCAAGCUUCUCUUGCGCGCCAAAGCCCUGAUUAUCUGUACCAUGGUUCGAGUCGGCUUCCUCGGUUGCGGGCGUUUCGGCUCUGGAGUGAUUGUUGUUCGUCUCCCCGACGGGAGCUGGUCUGCUCCGUCGGCUGUGGGCCUAGGCGGGCUGGGCGUGGGCCCACUUCUCGGCGUUGAAUUGACGGACUUUGUCUUCGUUCUCAGCACAGACGAGGCGGUCUCAAGGUUCACGCAAUCCGGCUUCCUGCACCUAGGCCUCAAUCUCUCCUUUGCGCUCGGGAUGGGCCGGAGUGCGGAAUCGGGUGGUAUUGCGGGCGCUCGAGGCGUGUCGGGCUUCUACUCUUAUUCGAAGACUCGGGGCUUGUUUGCGGGGGUUUCGGGCGAAUGUGGGGUUAUUGUUGAGCGGUCGCGGGCUAACAAGAGGAUCUAUGAGCGGAAACUCAAAUCGGUGCAUUUGGCUGGUGGGGAGAUUCCUGCGCCCCGUGAAGCGGAGUCGCUGAUGCGCAUUCUUAAUUCGAAUGGACUUCGCCCUGCGUCGUCGUCGAAGCCUGUUGCGAACCCGGAUUCUAGUGGCCUCCAAUCGCUGGGACGCGAAAUUCCGCAGGAGCUGGAAAUGGGCGACCUGAGUAAUUUGGGUCCUGGACUCUCGGAGAUUGGGUCUUCCGAGGCUCACUGGAGUGCUUUGUCGGCUCAGGGUAAUACACAUAAGCCCAGGGAACUUAACAAGGUUCCCCGAGAGCUGCUCGGUAACCCUAUUCAGCCUGUGGAAUCGGUUGAACCUGCUCGGUCUAAUGAACCGACUGAUCCUUCUAAGAUCUUCGAGUUGGAGUCACGUCAAGAGUCUACAUUGCCGCCCAGCGAGAAUCUUUCGCAUCAUGCAUCUGUCAAUUCGUCUACUGGGAGCGCUUCGCUGAACACGUCGCUUCAAUCGUCUGUUGUUAACUCGCUGGAAACGCGAGACUCGUCUGUUAUGGCGUCUCCCGGUAUCAUUCCUGAGAUUCCAUCAAAGGAAGCGCAAGCAGAGCAAUCAGCAGACCAUGAUGCGACCGUUCAUGCUUGA